AAGACAAAAACAAUUCGCAUGACAAAAAGCUCCAAUAUUACUUCUAGUUGGCAAACAAAGCGGAAAAGCGCUCGCUUCGUAUAUUAAGCAUACACGUCGAAACGGAAGGCUGGAAUCGUACUAGAAAUGGUUUCGCCUGUUACAGUGGUGAAGAGCGAGGGUCCCAAGCUGGUCCCCUUCUUCAAGGCCACCUGUGUGUACUUUGUCCUCUGGCUGCCCACCUCCAGCCCCUCAUGGUUCAGUGCCCUCAUCAAGUGUCUACCCAUCUUCUGCCUGUGGGUCUUCCUGCUGGCCCAUGGCAUCAGUUUCUUGGGUGCCCACGCCAGUGCCCGCAAGAUCUUGGCCGGACUCAUCUUCUCUGCACUGGGGGAUGCCUUUCUGAUCUGGCAGGAGCAAGGCUACUUCAGUCAUGGGCUGCUAAUGUUUGCCAUCACCCACAUCCUCUACUCAUCGGCCUUUGGGAUGAAGCCUCUCAACCCACGGGCGGGGCUGGUCAUCGCUGCUGUAUCGGGGCUCAGCUACACCCUGCUCUACCCCUACCUGUCCGGCCCCUUCACCUACCUGGUGGCCGUCUACAUCGCCCUCAUUGGGUUCAUGGGUUGGCGGGCCAUGGCGGGCGUGCAGCUGGCCAAUGACCUGUGGACAUGGACCCAGCUCUCCGCCUGCCUGGGGGCCGUGCUCUUCAUGGUGUCCGACCUCACCAUCGCUGUCAACAAGUUCUGCUUCCCUGUGCCACACUCCCGCGCUAUCAUCAUGGCCACCUACUACGCUGCGCAGAUGCUAAUCGCCCUGUCCGCCGUGGAGUGCCAAGAUGCCGACGCAUACAGAAAGAGAGGCUGAGGCAGUUUCAAGUGGCCACCAACCCCAACCCCACCCUCCACCCUUCUGCCUCGGACCCCUCAUCCCCACUACCCCCACCCCCAUCCAGUCCUGCCCCUCCACAUCAUGGCGUUGCUUUUUUUGUUGUUUUGUUUAAACCAAGCAGGUGAUGGAUAGAGAGGGUGGGUUUGAAGGGGAGUGACCUAAAUGAGAAUGCUGACCAAGCAGUGAUGUGAAAUCCAUAUCAGGUGUGAAC